AAAUAUUUUCAAAAUAAGUGAUCAGUAUUACAGUGCAUGUAACAGUGAUUCCGUCCGAAGGUUAUGACAAUAUGUUACAUUAAUAAGUCGCUAUAUUUGUUUUUGCGAUUUAAUAUUCAAACAAAUUUUGGCAAUGAGGAAAACAUCAAUUUUGACAGUUAUUGUAUUAUGGACUUUAAUUCGACCAACAGAUUUAGCAGCAUCAGUUAACAUCGACCCAAGAACGGUUAAUUUAAAUGAAAAUGAUGAUUCCGGAAUAUCUUUAGCGACCGUUUCAGCCACAUGUUACCCAUCAACUAAUGACUACAUAAAUGUCACUGGUGUACAAACUUUUAAUGGUACUACUACUCAACAUAACGUAACCUGUGAAGCCUGCAGGCUCUCUGUUGAUCGAGAAACUGACCUCUUCAGCUUCAACAUGUCGGACAACACAGUAUACAAGUCACCUUGUUCAGCAACAAGUUGUGGUGUCUGUCCAUCUUGCAUGGCUUGUUCCACUUCUAACGGAUGUCUUACUGGACCAGCAACAUACAAUAUUGUUGUUUAUUGUGAGACAACUUCCUAUGACAACAAUGACAAUGGAACGUCUACCCUGACUGUCAGUGUGGCUGAAGAAACACCAACAUUGACCAUUAGCCUUCCAGACUCGGUACCUGCAAAUAAUUUGAUGAGUGUUGGCACCGUGUUAACGCAAGCGAAUCAGUCAUCGACAAGUGGACCUGCCAUUGUGGAGUAUACGAAUUCAUUAGCAGUUUCAAACACAUACGAGCUCGAUACAGCCAAUAUGUUUAAACUGAACCCAACCAACGGAGAAGUUUAUGUGGCCACUGACCCCUCAGUAGAGUAUGAUAACACUUACAGCAUGGGAAUAUGCAUACACAGUCGCCGGCAAACGUCCUGUAAAAAUCUUACGAUAAAUUUUGACGGGUGUUUCCAGACCCCAAACUGUGACGAUCAGACAAACACCAGUUUCAGUGACCAGAUUGCAAUCGGAGCAACAUUGUUUACCAUGAACUAUACUAACCCUUCAGCUCAUUUCGCUGCAAACAGUUCCACAUGGCAGAAUUUGAAUUUUGUAAAAGUUUCUUCAACACUAGCAGAAGCUUCCAUAGAUUUAACAUCAGGUGUUAUAUCCACAACUGGGAAUGUAACAGUAUGGCCGGACUAUCCCUACUCGACUCAUACCUUUGUUGUAAGAGUUAGCAACCCGGGAUAUUCGUGCAGUUAUACCGCCACAUGCACUAUGACAAUGCAGUUUUCCUUUACAAACUGGCCUAUACGUUUCGAGAGUCUGCCGAACACAACCUAUAUUCACGAGGACACAGACGAUCGAACACUAGUACACAGUAUUAUUACGUACGAUCCCAACAACCCGGAUCAUGAUAAUGUCACGUGUAACGUGACAGCCAAUGACGACACAACUCUUCUUGAACUUACCCAUAACGGAAACUAUGACUAUGAUUCAUGGUUUAUUUACAAGAAAGAAUGCAAUGAGCCUAAUUGUGGGUGCAUUGAUGAGAAUUUCCUCUGUGAUAAGGAUAUCGGAUGCUUGAACUACAACUUAAAUAACACAUAUACAAUCACUAUACAAUGCAGUGACGCUUAUGGUUCAAGCGACGAGGAAACUUUCACUCUGCAAGUGACAGAAAAUCAACCGCCAUCUUUCACAAAUACACCAACUAACAUCACAUUAAAUACCGAUAAUGUAGCACAUUUAGAUAGCGUGUUUUCUAUCUAUUAUUCGGAUGCAGAAAGUGAAACAUUGGACUACAAUUUUACCAUUACACCGGACACACCGUCUUUGUUUAAGUUUGAUACUUGGGGCAACUAUUACGAUAAUCCGUGUAAUGUGACAGCCACUAGUUUCCAAUGGAACCAAACAAAUAACACAUUUGCUGUAUCUUUUUGUGGCCGAGAAAGAAGAAACAUGGUUUGCUCUAGUUUUAACAUUUAUAUCCGAGAUUAUUGUGGACCUACACCAGUAUGUAGCCAUAACUCAACAACAGUUACCGAUCAGUUUGCCAUAGGCGGCGAGCUAUUCCAAAUAGAUGUAACCGGAAGUGGAUACACGUCACUUACUUACAGCAUAACAUCCGAAUAUUCUAAUCUGUUUUCUGUGGAUCCGCUGACAGGCAUUGUAACAUCAGCAGCAGCCUUAGAAGCAAGGAGUCCUCCUGGCUCUACCAGUUACUCUAUGGUUGCGAAAGUUUACGACACCGCUGCUUGCGCUCAUGCAGCCUGUGCUCUCAGUGUUGAAGUCACAUAUACCAACUUUAAUAUAUCUAUCGACAACAUGGGAAGUGUUAAUGUUGAUAUUCAUGAGGACGAGCAAGCGUCUGUGACACUUGUCACCAUAGCAACAUCAGAUAACAACACUAAUGACGGGGUCACGUGCGAGGUAGACAAUGCCGCAUCAACACCAGCAAAUAACAGCAUAUUCUUCGCUGUGGAAACAAACACUCGUUCGAAUGUUUAUGAGUUAGUGAGCAAAGAGGGACCAGGAUUUGAUUAUGACGUAGCAGACACAUAUAUAGUAGUGGUUGUUUGUGAAGAUAAUUAUGGUUCUUCUGAUACAGCUACUGCUACGGUGAGCAUACUUGAGAACCAGGUACCAACAAUGGAUAACCUAAAUGCUGGAAAAGUCAUCAACGUAGAUCCGAUUACCGUAGGAGAUGGUGACGUCAUAUUUACUCUACAAACAUCAGACAAUGAGAAUGAUCCACUUGUGUAUUCGUGUAGUGUAACGAACAAUUUCGUCCCGCUACAGUGUUUGUCAGAUGGCGUUGUGUCACUAAGGAGGAAUGUUAGAAUUCCAGACGAAGAAGGGGAAAUGUACAAUGUGACAUUGUGUAUAGAAGAUAGUGCUCACAAUCAUACAGUCUGCGAAACCCUCAAUGUCAAUAUUUCAUCAUCCAAAACAAAUCCAGUACUGGACAACUUACCUAGUAGUGUAAGUUUUUAUGAGAAUACCACUAUUGGAGCCACGCUGUUUAAUGUGACUGUAGAAGAUCCGGACGUACUGGAUGUUUACACAUUCUCCAUGGUUGUGUAUCCAAAAACCUCCAGUUCAGCAUUCUCCCUUGAUGCAAAUACUGGAGUUCUAACUUUGCAAGAAUCACUUGACUAUGAGACGCUAAACCAUUACGAGUUUUUAUUCCGCGUUAGAGAUGCCUAUUUACCUGGUUUAGAGGAUAAAUAUCUCAGCCUGUCCGUGCUGGAUGUUAACGAAGCUCCUUCACUAACAUUGACUGAGACAACUUAUGCUACCAUAGAAGAAGAUGCUGGAUACACUGUGGCAACACUAAUUUUCACUUGCACCGAUGUUGACGUCGGACAAACUACGAGUUUAGCAAUAACGUCUGGAACAGACAUGAGCUACUUUUCACUUGACUCAUCUACAGGUGUCAUGACGUUCGCUCAAAAUUGGGAUUUCGAGAAUGGCGUUGUUCCUCCGCAGACGACUUCUUUAGAGAUAACAUGUGAUGAUGGGAACGGACUUAGUGAUGCAGGGACUAUUGUUGUCAACAUUGCAGCAGUGAAUGAAUUUUCACCCUCAUUAAGUACUACUGCAGAAGACAUUACUAUAUACAGUAAUCAGACACUUAUAGAUCCAUUGUUCACAGUCACAGCCACUGAUAACGAUUAUGGUGACGACGGUUUGUUCGACUUUUCAAUAAUUGGAGAAGGAAAGGGGUCGAAAUAUUUUACUAUUAGCAGCACAGGACAACUUUUUAUAUCCGACUACAUUGACUGGAAUUAUGAUUAUACAUUUGAAUUCACAAUAAAAGUAUCGGAUGGAGAAUCUAAUCCACGUGCGUCGCAUGUUAACGUCAUUGUACGGUACAUAACGUCGUUCGAACCAACAAUUCCAACAAAAGAAAGGGCGCGAUGCAUUUUAUGUACUAACAUUGGGAAAGCCGUGGUAUCUUCUCUGUGUGUUGAAGCAGUUAUAAUCCUAUUGUUGUUCAUUCAUAUGUGCUGUCGUAUGAAACCCUACCGAGUUUGCCAGCUUAAACCUAAACCAAAACUACGAAAUGCAAGUGAUAUAAAGAAAGCAAUUCAGGACAGGUCGGAUACCGAUGAUCCGUACAGGCCAGGAUCAGAAAUGCUGAACAGAGCUUUGCCAGAUGACAGACCUCCUUCUCCUUUCAUGUACAAUGUACCUCCUAGAUUGAGAGGUGAACCCCCUGCUGCCGCCGAAUAUAUUGAGCCGGGGCCUGCAAUCAGCCUAGCCCAUAUUUCCGGUCCCCCAAAACCUUCAAGUGUUGGAAUAAAAAGGAAACGUGUUACAAAUAUCAAACCGAAAGCAAAACAUAUUCCUUCACUUUUCCAAAAUAAAGCAUAUGCACCGACAAGAAUUGCUCUGCCUCGUUCUGUUGAUGAGACCUUUACCAAGGAACAACUGACACAGCCCGAUGUAUCGAACAAACGCGCGACAAUCAGCCCUCUGUUUGGUAGAUCCAAUGGUUCUAAACUGUACAGUGAGAAUCAAAGGCAUCUACCGGACAUUGAAGAACCUGAUAUUGCCUUAGACUUCUAAGAUAUUUCUUCUUUCUACUCUCGAACAUCCACCGGACAUUGAAGAACUUGAUAUUGCCUUAGACUUCUAAGAUGUUUUUGUUUACUCUUAACUGUUUUGAGAAAAGUUUCUUGCAAGUCUUUGCUUUGCUUUCAUCUUUUAUACUCGUGUUAAGAAUAUAUCAAUGAAUGUGAAAACGUAGAAUCGUUGAAAGGAAUGGACCCGUAUUAGCAAUCGGCAGUUUCCGUGCCAUUCCGUAGUGUCGUCUGUUCAUUCGGCAUUCUUCGACCAUACAUGUAGCUUUUACGAGCAAUGAAUUCGGUAACAACCGUAAAAUGCCGAAAUCAUAUACGGAGAAAACGUAACCUCACGGAAAUUACCGAUUGUCAUUACUUUGUAUAAGACUGAACACUUGUCACUGGAACAGUUUUGGCUGAAUUUAACAUUUUUAGCAUGACUAUGCGAAGAAUAAGUAGACCUAUCCUACUCACUACGGCAUCGGCGUUGGCGUCGGCGUCGGUGCCGGUGUCGGCGUCGGCUUCACACCUUGGUUAAGUUUUUCGUACCAGUCCAAAUUUUGACAAAGUCUUUUGAAAUGAAGCUUUGAAACUUUCAACAGUUGUUAACCAUCACCAUGUCCAUAUUUAGGCAAGAGUACAUAACUCCAUCUUAGAUUCUGGCUGAAUUAUGGCCCUGUUUUUGGACUUAGAAAAUGGGUACAUUUUUCGUACAAGUCCAUGUUUUGUCAAAACUAUUCGACAUGUGGUUUUGAAACUUUAAACACCUGUUUAUCAUUGUGGUUUCCAACUGUAGGCAAGAGGACCUAACCCUGUUAACUAUUUUGAUUGAAUUAUGGCCCUUUUUGACUUCGAAUUUGGUUCAGUUUUUGUUCAAGUCCAUGUUUUAUCAAAAUUAUUUGACAUGUGGCUUUAAAACUUUGAUCAAUUGCGUAUAAUCAUCAUUUCCAUCUGUAGGCAAGAGUUUAUAACUUUGUCAACCAUUUUGGCUGAAUUAUGACCCUUUUUGGACUUGGAAUUCAGUUAAAGUUUUCAUACAAGUCCAUUUUUAGCCUAACCUGUUCGUCAUAUGACUUUGAAACAUUGACCACUUGUUUACCAUCAUAGUCUACAUAUGUAGGCAAGACUACAUAACUAGUACAAUGACUUUAGAAAUUAGUUCAGUUUCGCAUACCGUUCCAUAUUUUGUCUAAACUGUUACACUUUCUUACCAUCAUGGUCACACAUUGCCGCCAUGUAGUGCCAGACUUAUCAAAAUCCACAAGUACAGGUAAAUUGUACGUCUUAUCUAUUUAUUUUUCGUCUGAAAAUCUCUGGUAAUAUUUUGACCCCAUUCUUCCAUCAAUUUUUCGAAUAGUCGAGCGCGCUGUCAACAGACAGCUCUUGGUUUAGAUUAUUCUGUAGAGAGAGAAUUAUGUUAUAGUUUGAUUUUGACGUUUGUGAGUUUAAUUCAUAGCCUCGUCUGCCGAUAAGGAAAUGAGCAUGAUUUACCGUGCCUUCUUAAGGUAAGAACCACUAUCGUGAUAAAUAAUACUUCCUAAAUAAUGAACCGUUCCAUUAUUAAAAGUAAAAAAAACCCAAAAAACAUCAAUGACCUCAAAAUCAAACUAUUUGUUUUAUAUUGUGUUUUAUUUUCAUUUUUCAUUUUCUCUGUAUUGUCGUGUUAAUUAUAUAAAAACUUUUGUUUUAGUUGAGUGUGGUUUAGGUGGUCAAAUGGCUGGUCUGUUUGAAAAAUUACAAUGUUUUGAAAUACUGUAGACAAAUUUCUUGAAAAUCAUACAUUUUCGCGAGGGAUACACUUUUUAUUAUUCGCAAGUUAGCUCAUCAAAUUAAGUAUCAUCCGGAAAUUGUAGGUUUGAUUAUAAACCAUUUCCGUGCCAUGCAUGUGUUAUUAAUGAGCUGUUUUUCAGUGUCUUAAAUGUACACGCACACUACUGACAUUCCGGGUGAAAUAUACUGGCAGCAGCCGCUAAAAGUCCAGCGAUGGAAAUCUACUGAAAGUGCAUUCUGGGCCCAUUUAGCUAAUACAGACAGGUAUAGACUGAAUCCGUGAGCCAAUAUUCGAAUCAUAUUGCUAAAAAUUUAUUAUGUUUAGAUAAAAGCUUAUCGGAGUUUUGUAACUUAGAAAUUCCGUCCUAUAUGUAAAGGUUUAUCGUCAGAUAUAUAAUGGACAAAUUAUAGUUAACUGGACAGUGCUAGAUGUUCAAAACAAACUCAGAACAUAUCGUUCUUUUGGCUUGGCAACCUUAGAAGAUCGUAAAUGCCUUUUUAUGAUUAAAUAAAAAUUAAUGUCAUUUUUUACUAGAAUAAGUAAUAUUAUAUAAAUAUUGCAUUCCUGAGAGGGUGAUAUGAAAAAUGUUCACCACGAGAUAUAUGAAUAUCGACCGAGGCGUCAGCCGAGGUCUAUAUUCAUAUUUCGAGGGGUGAACAUUUUUUAUAUCACUCUCUCCGGAAUGCAAUAUUUAUUUUAUUAUACAGAAAUGAAAUUAAAGGUCAAACAUUUACUGUAAAAUCAACAUAAUGAUUUAAAUGAUUUACCUAACGUUAAAAAUGAAUUACCAAAUAAUGGAGAUUGAGUUAAGGAGUGCUUACUUGUUAGCACUCGGGUGGCAACUCUUCUGUGUAAUAAGACAUUUUUGAUAGAUUUAUUCGAGACGUUUGCAUAUCGCUGAAUCCUAUGUUUAUGCGCAUAAUCAUUUCAAAAUCGCUAGCAGUAACAUUCGAAAAACGGCGAUGACUAUAUUAUUUCUAAACGAAACAUAUAUGUGUGAGACUUAUUUUCUUAGUUAGAUCAUUUCCAAUCUCAUGGAAAUAGUUUCGAUUCAGUAUUUGAUAAAAAGUUGUUUUCGAAAUUUUUGGCACGUAGAACAAAUCAUUAAUAAAAGAAAAAUCGGCCGGGUUCACAAGUGAAAGAAAUUUAAUCCUAAAUUAUAAAAGCAUAUCUUCUGAAAAGUUAACGUCUCAGUCUUUUACUCAGUGCAAAAGUAUCAAUCACUCAACGGGAGAUAUGAAAAAUUAAUAUCACAUGCGCAGAAAAACAAAAUAGCGCUUUUGCGCAGGUGAUAUGAAAUUGUGUAUCAUAUUACAUGCGCGGAAACAGGAAAUAACGAUUUUGCGCAUGAGAUAUAAAAUUACUGGGGAAUAUGAUAUAUUAUUCAAGUUAAACUAAUGGGAAAUUUGCAUUGGAUAUUUAUGUGAGGUAUAAUAAAUGAGUGAUAUCAGAUGGAUAAAUUCUUUUUUAGAAACCUUGGUGUUGUGAAAUAGAUUUUAAGUGCAUGUAAGGAUGUCAAAAUGGAAUAAUUUCUGCCAAAACCUGUGUUUACAUACCACAAAGCGAUAUUAGCCUGUGUAAAUAAUGUGUUUAUAAUACACUCUGCUUAGUUUUGAUACUGCACGAGAAACAGUUGCUAAUUAUUUCAUUCUCGGUCUAAUCGAGGCUGAUAACUGAUCUUUUAAAAAAUAUUUUAAAUGCAGGUUUAUGUCCAUUUACUAAUUUUGAUAUUUUCAAAACUUAAGUUUUAGUUAGCUUCAAACUUUGUUAUUAGCAAUUGUUUCUCUCGGUAUUCACAUAUGAAUACUACUCAUUAACUUUAUUUGUUUUUGACUGUGUUUUGAUACUGUAUACUGUGAUAUGUCUAUUAUAAUUCUAUCACUGAAUGGUUGUGGGCUUUGCAUGACUAUAUUGAUAAUAACUUUUCAUGUUUUUUUUUGCAUAGAUGAGAUUAUAUUUAUAUAACAGAAAUGAAAAUUAAAAGAAAUGCUUUUUUUGGUAUUACAAAGUUUACAAAUAUGAAAUUACGACUGGAAAAUCCAUUUUUUAUGUAAAUGACGUCAUUAUUCAACACCUCGUUGCCUGAAGACGACGUCAUUAUUAUAAUUUUUUGACGAUCCAUGUUCAUGAUAAAAUUUGUUUGGAUCUUUAGGUCAUUUAUUUUACACUAGUAGACUAUGUAAUACUAUGUACAUGUAAUACUAUAAAAUCAGUUAGUACCCGCCCGAUUAGCUCAGUAGGUAAGAGUGUUGGUCUACGGAUCCCGGGGCCGUGAGUUCGAUCCUAUGUUCUCCGUGACGUUUUGAUAAACGACAUUGUGUCUAAAAUCAUUAGUCCACCACCUCUGAUUCAUGUGGGGAAGUUGGCAGUUACUUGCGGAGAACAGGUCUGUAUUGGUACAGAAUUCAGGAACACUGGUAAGGUUAACUGCUUGCCGUUACAUGACUGAAAUACUGUAGAAAAACGGCGUUAAACCCAAAACAAACAAACAAACAAAAUAAAAUCAGUUUCUUCGAAUGUUUAUAAAAAAAGUGCAUAUUUUCUGACCUGGCGGAGAUAUUUUAGUACAGCUGUAGCAUUAAAAUCAAUAGGUAACUUGGUGCAUAUCGGAUUUAUUCGUACGGAAUGAAACCAAAUCUUAAUACUUUCUAGGUAGAAACAAUUCUUAUUUCAUGUGUGACGUCGUGCCAUUACAUGAUUUUAGUAUUUCAGAAGUGUUAUAAAGCUUCGACGUUGACGUCGUUUUGCGUUUUUCGAAAUGACUCGGCGUUUGGUGUUGCAGGAAAAACAUAUAAGAGAUAAAAAGAAUACUAGUAUUAUAUUUGUACAUUUCCACAUUGAAUUGUUACACUCUUUGAAUAAAUUUGAUAAAAUGCUCGGCAGAGCCUGGUUUAAUAAAUUCAAUAUGAAAAGACACUCGUGUAAUAUUCUCUGGGUAUCUCUUAUACUGUUUGUGAUGAAGCAUAAAAUACUGGGAUUUUAAGAUAUAAGUUAUGUUUACAUUGUUGAUAUAUAUUUCCUGUUUGAUGUUAACAUGACAGUUUUUAUGUAAACGACUUAAAACAGUGUGCAUUGUUGACAUGGUCUAAUGUUUUAAUCACAUUGGCUAUUUGUACGUGUUUUUUAUCAUACAAAUAUAUUAUAGAAACAGUUUAAAUUACAUAGCUUUCUUUGAUGUGUUUAAAUAAGUUUUUGAUUAUAUUAAGUAUAUGUAGCCAAGGACCCAGUUGGAAAUAAGCUGUCUAGCUUUCAUGGGCUAUCCUAGGUUACUACACACUGCUAUAAUAUAUACAUGUUGCUUCCAAUUUGGACUCUUUUGCUAAGUCAGUCUUAUUCUAACUACCAUUUGUUUUUAUCAUAUAAAAGUGCAUGUAGUACUACUUAACCAGUUUCAGCACGGCUUCAGGUCAGGUCACAGUUGUGAGACUCAGCUGAUUAAUUUCACCCACUCAGGAAAUUUAUAAAAACACUGAACAGGGUCAACAAACAGAUAUUGUUUUCCAAGGCGUUUAAUAAGGUCGAUCAUAUUAGGUUAGGUUAUAAGCUAAAACGCCUUAGUGUCAACCCACAAACCACCAAAUUGCCAGGCACCUCAUGUACGACUACAGUUACAUCAGAAGCGUUACCCAAAUGUUGAACAUCUUAGAAUGGAAUACACUCCAAUACAGAAGGUCAUACAACUCAUUAGUAAUGUUUUACAAACAAGAGCUGUCUGUUGACAGCGUGCUCGACUAUUCGAAGCAUUGACAGAAGUGUAGGGUCAAAAUAUUACCUGGGAUUUUCAGAUAAAAGAAAAGGAACAGAUAAGACAAACAAUGUACCUGCAUUUGUGGAAUUGGAUAAGUCUUGCACUAUAUGGCAAUGUGUGACCAUGUUGGUAAGCAAGUGUUUAAAGUUUCAAAGCCAUAUAUCAAACAGUUAACAGACAAAAUAUCGAAUGGUAUGCAAAACCUAACUAAUUUGCAUGUCCAGAUAAGGACCAUAACUGAGCUAAAGUCCCUGUCCUAGGUAAGUAGACUAUAAAGGUAAACAAGUGGUCAAAGUUUCAAAGCCAUAUGACAAACAGGUUAGGUAAAAUACAGACUGGUACGAAAUCCUGACUGAUUUUCAAGUCCAAAAAGGGCCAUAACUCAGCCAAAAUAGUUGACAGAGUUAUGUACUCUUGCCUACAGAUUGGAAUCAUGAUGAAAAGCAAGUGUUUAAAGUUUCAAAGCCACAUGUCAAGUAGCUAUGACAAAACGUUGACUUGUAUGAAACUGAACCAAUUUCCAAGUCCAUAAAGGGCCAUAAUUCAGCCAAAAUAAUUGACAGAGUUAUGUACUCUUGCCUACAAAUGGAAAUCAUGAUGAUAAACAAGUGUACAAAGUUUCAAAGCCACAUGUCAAAUAGCUUUGACAAAACGUUGACUUGUAUGAAACUGAAUCAAUUUCCAAGUCCAUAAAGGGCCAUAAUUCAGCCAAAAUAGUUGACAGAGUUAUGUACUCUUGCCUACAGAUGGAAAUCAUGAUGAUAAACAAGUGUUCAAAGUUUCAAAGCCAUAUGUCAAAUAGGUUUGACAAAACAUGGAUUUGUACGAAAACUGAACCAAUUUCCAAGUCCAAAAAGGGCCAUAACUCAGCCAAAAUAGUUGACAAAGUUAUGUACUCUUGCUUAUAGAUGGAAAUCAUGAUGAUAAACAAGUGUUCAAAGUGUCAAAGCCAUAUGUCAAACAAUUUUGACAAAAUAUGGACUUGUUCGGAAACUGAACCAAUUUCCGAAUCAAAAAAGGGCCAUAAUUCAGCCAAAAUAGUUGACAGAGUUAUGUUAUCUUGCCAACAAAUAUAUAUCAUGAUGAUAAACAGUUGUUCAAACUUUCAAAGCCACAUGUCAAAUAGUUUUGACAAAACAUGGACAUGUACAAAAAUUGUACAAAUGUAUGAAACUGAACCAAUUUCCAAGUCCAAAAAGGGCCAUAAUUCAGCCAAAAUAGUUGACAGAGUUAUGUACUCUUGCCUACAGAUAGAGACAAUUAUAUUAAACAAGUGAUAAAAGGUUCAAAGCCAUAUGCCAAACACUUUACACAAAAUGUGAACUGGUACGAAAAACUUAACCAAGAUUUCUAAGUUAAAAGGGGUCGUAACUCAGUUUCAGAAAGUUUCAAAGCUUUAUCUCAAAAGACUUUGUCAAAAAGUGGACUGGUACGAAAAACUUAACCAAGGUGUGACGCCGACGCCGUGGUGAGUAGGAUAGCUCUAUUUAUUCUUCGAAUAGUCGAGCUAAAAAUGAGCCCAGACAGUUGCAGUCUCAUCUUAUACCAGUUAGAAACCUAAAUUAUUUAAUCCCAAUGUUUCACACUCAGAACUUUUCUAACUCCUGCUUCCCAAGGACCAUCCGACUCUGGAACUCCUUACCAGCCUAAGUCAAAUCUAGCCCCAGUCUCAGUAUUUUUAGAGAGAGGCUGGCGGUGGUCAAUAUUUGAUUGUAUUGCAUUUCUGUCAUAUUUUAAUUUUAGCUGUCUUUUUAGCUUUUAUUCUCUUAAUAUUCGUAACAUAUCAUUUCUUUAAUAACUCUCUGACAGCGACGCCCAGUGAUAGCCGGAAAUCGACGGUUGGGUGAAAGGUGUAGAUGUGGAUGUAUUAACAGGCCUAGCUGUGAUAUAAAUCACACUGUGAUCGUAGUCAACUACCUAGUGUGUGUGAUAUAUAAAUCACACUGUGAUCGUAGUCAACUACCUAGUGUGUGUGAUAUAAAUCACACUCUGAUCGUAGUCAACUACCUAGUGUGUGUGAUAUAAAUCACACUGUGGUCGUAGUCAACUACCUAGUGUGUGUGAUAUAAAUCACACUGUGGUCGUAGUCAACUACCUAGUAGCUGUGAUAUAAAUCACACUGUGAUCGUAGUCAACUACCAAGUGUGUGUGAUAUAUAAAUCACACUGUGAUCGUAGUCAACUACCUAGUGUGUGUGAUAUAUAAAUCACACUGUGAUCGUAGUCAACUACCUAGUGUGUGUGAUAUAUAAAUCACACUGUGAUCGUAGUCAACUACCUAGUGUGUGUGAUAUAAAUUACACUGUGAUCGUAGUCAACUACCUAGUGUGUGUGAUAUAAAUCACACUAUGAUCGUAGUCAACUACCUAGUAGCUGUGAUAUAAAUCACACUGUGAUCGUAGUCAACUACCUAGUGUGUGUGAUAUAAAUCACACUGUGAUCGUAGUCAACUACCUAGUGUGUGUGAUAUAAAUCACACUGUGAUCGUAGUCAACUAGCUAGUAGCUAUGAUAUAAAUCACACUGUGAUCGUAGUCAACUACCUAGUGUGUGUGAUAUAUAUCACACUGUGAUCGUAGUCAACUACCUAGUGUGUGUGAUAUAUAUCACACUGUGAUCGUAGUCAACUACCUAGUGUGUGUGAUAUAUAAAUCACACUGUGAUCGUAGUCAACUAGCUAGUAGCUGUGAUAUAAAUCACACUGUGAUCGUAGUCAACUAGCUAGUGUGUGUCCUAUUUAUGUGACACUACACAUUUUAGUUACCCAACUACUGGAAAUUUUAGCUUUGAGAUUUGUCUGUGUAAAUUGUUUUUAAGACUUGAUAAAUGUCAUUUGUAACUUGUAUAUGUAUUUGUGUGUUUUAACCUGAAUAAACAUCUAGUUAUCUAAUAAAUGUUGUCUAUCUG